AUGAGAGCAUGGGUGCACAGCUGUUGGCCUACUGGAUGCUCGGGGUCGGGACGCUGUUUGGCUCCAGACCCGAAACAAACAGCGAAGCCCCCCCCCCUCCCUCCUCCCUGGCUCGUCGAGGCUUGGCGAACACCCCCGAGCUCUUCAUCCCGCCUAUCCAUCGCCUCGCGCAAUAAAGGCAUCGUCUUGUCUAUCGCUGCCCUUCCAUUAAGCCCUUCGCCCUCUUCCUCCUCACCGCUUGACCCAGCAACCCUAACCAACUUCCAACACCUCGAUACCACGGAUACCGCAACGGUCACCACGCCCGCGUUCAGCAUGAAGGCGUCGAAACUCCUGCGCGUCCUUCUGUACGCAGUGGUUCUUCCCUUGGCGCUCCUGACCUGCGUCUGGGAACUGAUCCAGGUCAUUGUGAACUCCGUGGAUAUCAUGAAAACCGGCCUGGGUCCGAUUGGAGUCGACAAAUCAUACAUGGGAGACCUCGGUGGUGGCGGUGGCUCGGGGACUGGCAGUGGAUCUGGCUCUGAUGGCGGCAAUGGGUCAGGCAGCGGCCUCGGGUCUGGCGGCGGUGACCAGUUAGACAGCAACCCCGGAUCGUAUCGUGCGAUGACGCGGACAACGAUAACUGGCUUUGGCCCAGUCGUGACUUGGAUGACAGGUCCACAAACCCGGUACUACACAUACACAGGGUCGAAUUUGGAUAUCCCGCGGGUCGCAACGGUCACCGUCAGGGCUGCUUCCUGGGUCACGACCGAUGCCCCUUGGACGUCGACAAUUUUCCCCACGCGUUUUGAGUACUUCACUCGGCGUCGGCGGGCCCUAGAUACAGCUGCUCCUCAGCCCGUGGCAACACGUCGCGACGGUGAGGGACGGGCGUCCAGCGCGGCACCGACGCACGCGCCAACUCCUACCGCAGCUUCGGUUGUCAAAGAGCGUGCCCCCACUCCCGAGAUGGAAGCUGCGCCACUUGCCAGGCGCCAGUAUGGCGUGAGCCUCGACGACCUCCGCGAGGCUGCCGAGUCGGGCGGUUCUGCCGGUUACGUUGGGUCGGUAACAAUGGAGGCCGAGGUGGAGGCCGCAUUCCUGAACAAGGUGCCGAACUUCCUCGGCCUCUUUUGGUCAGCGGCUGUCCUAAUCUGGCUCGGCAUCCUGCCGUGCUGCAGUGCGAAGAGCCGGGCAAAGGCCGCACCCCGCUCGCUCGACAGUAUGGAGAAGACGACGCUCGGCUUCUGGAUUUCGGGACUCAUCCUCUCGCUCUAUACCGUCGUUGUGGUCGGGUACAAUGCCGGCAUGAGCAGCUACUAUACGGCCACCGGCCUGUCGGUGUGCAUCAUUGUCUUUAUCUGGCUCACCACAAUUGUCCUCUUUAGUGUCUGGCUCUGGCUCCGCCGCUGGGGCAGGAAGCACGCCAAGAGACAGCUUCACCGCUCCAUGGAGGCCGUUGAGGACGAGGACGCAGGCAUUGCCUCCCCGGGCUCCGACCCCGCUCUCGAGUCUAAGGUGGACGCGGCUGACAUGCCACUUAAUCUCCCCUAUGGAGCCAACGAAGCGCAUUCCGGCGCCUUCCCUUCCACAUCCUCGACACCCGUGACGGAGCAGUAUGCCCAGCCGCAGUACGCUCAGCCUGCUCAGUCUGCUCUGCCUGCUCAGCCCACCCAGCCGGCGUACGGACAGACGCAGUUACCAUAUGCUCCGCCGACGUCCCAGGCUCCGGUCGCGCCUGCUGGAUACACCUAUCAGCUGGUCCCGACCGGUUCAGCUGGCGCGCCGUCUGCGGGAGCUCCUUCUAUGGGUGCGCCCUCUGUCGUCGCGCCCUCCGUGGACGCGCACAGUGCGUCCUCGCCCAGCCCCCCGCCCAAGGACUACUACUCUGGCAUGCACCAGCAGCACGGCGCUCCGGUCAGCCCUGGCCCGCCCUCGCCCGUGCAGCAGUACCAUCCCGCACCCGCGUCGCCGGAGCAGUACCACCUCCCACAGGGGCAGCAGAUGGCGCCUGGGCAGCACUUCCAGCAGACCCAUCAGGGUUAUCAUGGCUACCCGGAGCAGCACCAGCCCGGCCAGCCGAUGUACCAGCCGCAGCCUGUCCAGCCUCAGCAGAAUUUCCACCAGUAG